CGUCCUCGUGAGCCCCCAAGUUAACACCUCAUUUCCUCCGCGCUCUGCUCGAAUAACACACCUUCUCCUUCAUGAGUCACGCUCGCUGCUUAGCCCUGCAUAGUCUAGCCUGUAGUGACCUGCUCUAUCGUUCCCUUUCUUUCUAUGAACGCCCCACUUAUAUAUUUACAAUCCUGAUGGUUGUGGUUAUACUAUGAUGUAUGCGGCAGUAAAUCCCCCAUGGUACUGCAUCUGCAUGGGUUUACUCAGUGGAUUGUUUCCUGUCCCUAGCAGAGGCCUUGGAUGUCUGUUUGUGAUCGGGAGCUGCUGGCAUGGAAUUGAACUGUGUGUGUUUGUGGGAACUGUAAACAAGGUUGCCAUCACGAAAGCCAAAGUGGAUUUCUCCGGUGUGGUGUGCCUGCCCCCUUCCGCCAUUGCUGGAAAUGGGCUGGACGGAGGAGGGGCUGGCGAAAAUGAUGAUGAACCAGUGUUGGUGUCGCUUUCUGCGGCACCAAGUCCCCAGAGCGAAGCUGUUGCCAAUGAGCUGCAGGAGCUCUCCCUGCAGCCCGAGCUGACCCUGAACCUUCACCAUGGUCGAAACCCCAAUCUCCCUCCUCUAAGUGAGAGGAAGAAUGUGCUGCAGUUGAAGCUUCAGCAGCGACGGACACGGGAGGAGCUGGUGAGCCAGGGGAUCAUGCCGCCUCUGAAAAGUCCAGCUGCAUUUCAUGAACAGAGAAGGAGCUUGGAGCGUGCCAGGACAGAGGACUAUUUGAAACGGAAGAUCCGGUCCCGGCCAGAGAGAUCAGAGCUGGUCAGGAUGCACAUUCUGGAAGAGACCUCAGCUGAACCCUCCCUGCAGGCCAAGCAGCUGAAGCUAAAGAGAGCCAGACUGGCAGAUGAUCUCAAUGAGAAGAUAGCCCAGAGGCCAGGUCCAAUGGAACUGGUGGAGAAGAACAUCCUUCCUGUGGAGUCCAGUCUGAAAGAAGCCAUCAUUGUUGGGCAGGUGAACUAUCCAAAGGUUGCAGACAGUUCUUUUGAUGAAGACAGCAGCGAUGCCCUGUCCCCAGAGCAGCCGGCCAGUCAUGAUUCCCAGGGAUCUGUACCAUCACCAAUGGAAGCUCGGAUUGGUGAACCGCUUCCCAGCACCACUGUGUUAUCACCAGCUCAGGUUGUAUCCCAGUUACAGAUCAAUGUAGACUCCAGUGAAACACCUUUCCUACCCGAACAGCCACUCCCUCCUCUUCCACCACCAUCUCUGCUGCCUGCUAGCCUUGCCAACAGAGUCACUGUUCCUGCUGCCAAGCCCCCGCCAACACUUAUUAAGCAAAGCCAGCCCAAGUCCGCCAGUGAGAAGUCUCAGCGCAGUAAAAAAGCCAAGGAAUUGAAGCCGAAAGUCAAGAAGCUUAAAUAUCACCAGUACAUCCCCCCAGACCAAAAGCAGGACAAAGGGGCUCCCCCCAUGGACUCAUCCUAUGCCAAAAUACUGCAGCAGCAACAGCUCUUCUUGCAGCUCCAGAUCCUUAACCAGCAGCAGCAGCAGCACUACAACUAUCAAACUAUCCUGCCAGCCCCACCAAAGUCUCUAGGAGAGCAGCAGGGUGGAACUAGUGCCCCUGCCAUGCGUAGUCUUUCUACUGCUGUCAGCAGUGCAUCUUCUGCAUCCUCCAGUUCUAGUGGGCUGAUGCGACAAAACAGUAAUGCCACAGUGGGCAAACCAGGCCCUCUCCCUACAAAUCUUGAUGACAUGAAGGUGGCAGAACUGAAGCAAGAAUUGAAGCUGAGGGCGUUGCCCGUCUCAGGCACCAAGACAGACCUGAUUGAGCGGCUCAGAGCUUACCAGGAGCAGAAUGGCACAGCCAAUCAAACAGCUAGCACUCCCAAGCCCAAUGCAACAGCUAUCCUCCCAAAAGCUGCUGAGGUGGUGGUAGCCUUCCCAGCUGCUAGGCUGAGCACUGGACCAGCACUGGUUACUGCUGGCAUUGCACCGGCAGAGGUUGUUGUGGCCACGGGCACUGGCACGGUCACUGGCAAUGGCAUGAUGAAGUUUGGGAGCACAAGCUCAACACCACCUGUUUCACCCACCCCCUCAGAGCGUUCACAGAUGAGCACUGGGGAUGAGAACUCUGCAACUGGAGAUGCCUUUGGAGAGACAGUGACUUCACCUCUGACCCAGCUCACCCUGCAGGCAUCGCCGGUACAGUUCCUGGUGAAGGAAGAGAGCUCUAAGACAAACUCCUGCAGCCUAAAUCCAGCACCCAGGUUGGAGCAGUGCAGCAGCAGCAAGGACAUGGAGGUCCAGGAUAAAGACCAGAUGUUGCAGGAAAAGGAUAAACAGAUUGAGGAACUAACUCGAAUGCUGAAACAAAAGCAGCAGCUUGUGGAGAUGCUGAGGCUGCAGCUAGAGCAGGAGAAACGGUCUCAGCAGCCGCUAGCAGCCACAGAAACCAGAAUGGGAGGGUUGAUCCCUGCCACCAGUCCAGUGGCUUUUGGCACCCAGAUUAAGAGUGAAAAUGGUUUCUUGAGUUGCCAGUGUACACCUGAUGGUCCAACAGAUCAAUUCAACCCUGUGUCCACCACUAGCCAAAUGGACACUUCGGAUGCAAGCUCAGUGCCAAAGAAAGCGGUGAUGGUGAAGCAGGAGGUGCCGACAGCAGAAACAGAGCCACCAUGCCAGCCCCACACCCCACAGAUCUUCCUUGGUCAGCAAGGGAGCAUCCUGAGUGACCUCAUCAAGGGGGCCCCCCCCCCUACCCUCAUCACAGAUUCCACGGGGACUCACAUUGUCCUUACAGUGACCAAUCAGAAUGCUGAGAGGCGGGGCCUCUCGCCACAAGGGAAUAGCUGCACAACCUUGCAGAGAGUACAAUCAUCACCCACUAAACUAUCCAGCCAACCACAGUGUCAACUUCCUGCAAGCAACUCGCCCUCACAGGAGCAGCAGCCUCCCAGACCACCAAACCAGACCACCAGGAAGGCUCAGAAGCCAGGUCUGCAGGUGGUCACUGGGCAGCUGCCCCAAACAAUUUUGUCUUUCUCAGCACCUCCAAACCUGCAGCCCUUUUUCCUCAAUGGCUUCCACAAAGGAUCCCUGAAAACUGGUGCUCCUGGCAAAGCCAACCAACCCAGUGUGCCGAAAAAGUCAUCCUCACAGCCAGGCUCUCCUGCUGCUUCUUCCCCAUCCCAGAUGGACCUUGAGCAGCCGCAGCCGCCUCUUUAUGGGACUCCUCCACCUCCUCCCCCUGUCUCCUCGGUACUGAUGAAAGAGCCACCAGGCUACGAAGAGGCCAUGAAGCAACAGCCAAAGCCACAUGAGGAGAAUGGCUGUUCGAGCCAGCAGAUGGAUGACCUGUUUGAUAUCCUCAUCGAGAGUGGAGAGAUUUCAGCUGAUUUCAAGGAGCAGCCAUCCCCAGCUGCGAAGGAGACAUUGGUGUCUCCCGCAUGUGCCUCACCACCCAGCAGCCACCAUUCCUCUGAGCUUCCCCUGCAGAUGUCCCUUGGCCAUACCAGCUGCAUACCUGUCAUAGCAGGCCGGCUGGAGGACUUCCUGGAGAGCAGCACUGGCCUCCCGCUUCUGCCAGCAGGCCACGAUGGGACUGAGCCCUUGUCCCUGAUAGAUGACCUCCAUAGUGAGAUGCUGAGCAGCUCAGCUAUUCUGGACCACCCACCUUCACCCAUGGACACGUCAGAAUUGCACUUUGCCCAUGAGCCUAGUGGGGGACUAGCCCUGGACCUAGCAGAGGCUAACCUGGACAGCAUGGAUUGGUUGGAGCUUCCGGGGGGUCCUGUCAUGAGCCUUGCUCCCCUAAGCACUGCAGUCCCCAGCCUCUUCUCCACAGACUUCCUUGAUGGACAUGAUCUGCAGCUGCACUGGGAUUCUUGCUUGUAGCUCUCUGAACUGUGACUGAAGGGAAUGGGGGGGAAGGCACUGGCAUGGGGGGAAGAGGCCAAUCAACCAAAAAUGAGCCCCUUGAGUGUAAACUCUUCUCCCCGCCCCUCCACCACCACCACCACCACCACCCAGUUUGGACCUCCUAUAGUGAAACUCAUACCAUAGCCACAGGCUGGCACAGCAGUUGUUGGGUCAUUGUGCUCACUGGGAAUACCAUCAGCAGGUCAGACCAGCGCAGUAAUUAUAAUCAAGGGACGAGGGUUUUGAGACUGGCUGGUUCCUUACCUAGACCCCUGCUCUGAACAAGAGAAAUAACAUCACUGCAUGGCAGGGGCUCCCCUAGCUUGCAGGAGUAGUGGGACUGAAUCUCUGCAACUCAACUGUGAGAAGCUGGAGAGGGAAGUGGCAUGGGGCAGUCUAAAAGCAAUUAGGCAACAAAAGGGGUUUAUGCUGUUCUGGGAGGGUGGAGGGGUGAGCAGGCACUGAAAGGGACUCCUUGUGUUAGGCAGCAGCUCUGCUAUUCCUCCCAGUGGCUGUCUAAGGAAGGGGGGGUGCUCCCUAGAGCACUGAGGGGAGUGAGGGGCCACUGGGCAGCCUUGUCAGGCCAUUUUCAUUUAGUGGAGAGACUUCAAGCCAAAGGGAUGCGCAGGCAAUAAGCCACCUUCCACCAGAGGCAGUACAAGGGUCUGGACGAUUAGGAUCUGAUGUGUGGCUGGUGGGGAGAGAGCUACAUGAGGUAAUGUUCAGGCAGAGCACCCUUUCCUCUGGGGAGCUCUAAUGCCACAGCCGUGCGUGCACAGACAUAUACCCUCCCUCUAGCAUGUUGGGCUUUUGCUUCGUAGCGGCCCUGUGGUAGCCCUUCGCACCACCCGGGGAGAAGGAGAUGAUGAAUGGAAACCCAGCUUAGCUGCUUAUUGGUCUUGAGCCACAAAGUGCAGUAACUAUCGCCACAGGAGCUUACAGGGCACUUCAGCACAAAACUGAGAGCCCAUGCAAAGGGGCUCAUGAGCUUCCUGUCACUCAGGUGGAAGGAGAUUACUUGGCUGAUUCCCAGGUCUGAGCUGCUGUUACUCUCAUUAGAGCAAGUACAUGCCUAGAAUCCCAGUAUGCAUCUCCUAGGGUAUGUAUGGUUUUAGCUGUGUGUGGGGCUUUGGCAUGGAUGGGGGGGUGGGUGGAGGAGGGUGAGCUGUGUCCUCUGCAGCGUGGAGAAUAGUCAUGGCUACAGCACAGCACAGGAAAGGGGAAGCCUGCUGCUGGGUUCAUGCCCCACAGGAGACUUUGGCCAAAACUGCAUAAAAGAGCUAAAUUCGUGUUGGGAGUCCCAGGUCUCCCACAGAGCUGGGGAGGGAUGAGAAUCUAGGUCUUCUAGCACUGAGGCUGCAACAGGCCCUUGGCUUCUUCUGCCCAAGCUCGCUAUUGUCAGGGUAAUAGCACCAGUCUAUGCAAGCCCAGGUUUACUAGGAAAAAUAGCCUUUGGGUGGCUCAAGCUGGGAGUGAGGGAGCCUCCUCGUGCUGUGGGCUAGUAGAGACCAGCAGCUUGGGCUGUUUUUAGGUGAAAUUUGCCUCCUGGCUUCAGCUGAACAGCUUUUUGCCCGGCGAGGAGUUGGGGGAGGUGAGGGACAAUUCCCUGCUGCUGCUCCCCCGAGGAAGGGUUGGAGGACAGCUGCUGCAGCACUUCACCAAACAGAAGGGGAGAGGGAAGCCAAAAGCGUGAGGGCCAGCUGUGCUUAAGGUGCUUGGGCAUUAGUGGCGGAUGGUUCCGGGCAGGGCAGGGCAAUGGCACAGGCCCCUCUCUGGGGAGCAGGGAUGGGGAGAGGUGUGGUAUGUUAUUCUCUGGCAUCCCUAAAGCUGAUACAAUGACAGGAAGUUCUCUGCCCUGCUGUGCCUCAGUGCCCCUUCCUCAGGCUCAGAGGUAUAAAAAGGAAAAAAAAAAUCAAUUUUCUUACUAGAAAUUGAACCGCCAGUCUCACCUCACCACCACUUUUUUAACGUAACCCUGUGAGCUCCUUCUGCUGCAAUGGGAUGGGGAUUUUAGCUUACUUUAUAUGGACUAGAAAUGGCCACCUCAAGCAGCUUUGGAGGGUCUGCUUUAGCCUGUAGAUUCACAAGUCCCCUUCUAAGCUGAUCUAGUCUCUGGUCAGUGAUGGUCAUUCACCAUAUCUUACAAAGUGAGCCAGCUAAACUAUUUGGAUCCUUGCCUCUUCUGCCCUAGAUGGGUGCUGGCCCUCUGGGAAGCAGGUAGAUUUGCUGUGUAUGGCAGUGGUCAGAAGUCACCGUGGUCAAUGGGGCUCUUGUAGAGAACCUGGCUGGUGAAGCUGCUUUCAGAGGAACAAGGCUGGAGUUGAUGGUUUUGAAACAAAUAGGAACAAGUAAAUCCUCCUCCCCCAACCUGUGUGAUAGGACAGACAAGGGCUGAGUCCCCUUAAGAUUUCAGUUCCCCCUUGCAAAUGCACCCAGUGUCCAAGCUGAAUAUCAUGGCAGUAUAAUCGCACUGUCUGGCUUCUGUCCCUUUUGUACCUGGACACAGACAUGCCCCAGCAUGGAGGGGAGAGGUUGCCCUGCUGCUUGGAACCUGCUGUUUAUUAGUCACUAAGAAAGCAUUUUUGUACACGUGUACAUCCCCCUCGAGCUGUUCUUGGUGGGGGAGGAGUUACAUCCCACAUACUGUGUGUCAAGGCAUAAGUGGCAGCUGGGCAGGGUGAACCUGAAUCACAGCAGGGGAGUGUGUCUUGCUUUGCUAGAGCCCCUUCUCUUCCGUAUGGUGGGCAAGCUGGUAUUUCAAUGCUGUAUGGUUUGGGGAGCAGAUGGAAUCAGGCCAUGGCUUAGUGAUUCUAGCCUUAUUGCACAUGCUCUUCAAGGAGAUUGCCUUUUUCUAUUAGUCUGUGUUUAGCUGCUGUAUACACAAGUCAGUGCUGCUGCUGUGUGCCCUACCAUGCAGCUUUUUCCUUCUGUACUCCAGUGGUGUUUGGAGAAGCCAUGUGCAGCCUGUUCUCUUACCCCUCCAGGACUGCUAAAGCUGAGACUGGUGCCAGGCUUCUCUCCUGUGGCCUGGAGUAGCCUGCUCAGUACCACUAGUGGGGCUGUCUAGUUUGUAUCAGGGCAGUAGAAAUAACCAGUUUUCCCUAGGGGGCUGAUACCGCUGCAGCUGUUCUGCCCAGCAUGUUACAUAUCACUUCAACCUUUGGAUACUGUAUACUUCCAUCUACCUGAACACUUGCCCAGGGCUCUUGGGUUAAAGAAAUUGUGUAUAAUGCAGAACAAACCCUUGUGACCCAGGCUGCAGUGGCUUCUGGCCUAAUCUAACGGCUCCACUGUUGGAGGGGGAGUGUGAGAAAACUAGACUCCUCAUCAGUAUGGCUUAGGGAGCUGCUUUUACAUGUAACACAGUGACCACUGCCCUCCCCCCACCCCUGUGCAGAGGAUGGAAUUUUUUUCCUACAACUAAGAACCUAAAUAUAAAAAAGUUAAGCAGAAACAAGCAAUCAAAGUGCAAUGAGAUAAUGCAGGAAGGUGGCAUCAGUUUCCCAGGUGGAUGGGAGAGAGAGCCAGAUCACUCUCCUCCCCUUUCCCCCACUUCUGCCCCCAGGCUGUAAAGUGAGGUUUUCUAGUGCCAGGGAGCUGGGCCCCCAUUUGCUGGUGAUGCUUCUCAGUGCAGGGUUGGGGAGGGGGGAGCAGUUGGUUCUUUUUCACACAGAGUGACACAGAGGUCCUUGCAGACAAGCAGAAUAAUUCACUUCUCUGUACUCCUGGAGAUGUUCCCCUGACACACCCUUUGCAUCACACCCAGAAAAACAGAAGCCUGAUGUUCUGCCUCUCUUGAAUGUAACCUAAAUCUUUCUGCUGUAACCACUACUUGUUGAUAAAAUGUAUAUUUGAUUAGCAUGCACUCUCCCUUCCACUAUGCAGCACCAGCAAGGGAUGAGCAACAUCAUCUAAGACUACAGGCUCCAGCAUGAACACUCAACUGGAAAGGACAAGAGUGAAGAGUUAACGGGGAGAGAAUGGCUCCUUACAUUGAAUUAUUUUUUCAGUUACAAAUAUUUGGAAAAAAUCCAUUUUAUUAAAAAAUAAAAAAUAUGA